UGAAGGAGGGCUCUUUUAUUUCUGUGCACACACUGUCGAUCAGCGAGAUCUCACGACAGCCUCCCUGUGAAUCCGACUGGCGUUUUUCACCCUGCUCGGUUCAGAUACAGUCUGCUUGGAGAGCAGAGAGGAACCCAUGAACACCAACGAGGCGAACGCAUGCUGUUGUCACCGAGCCUGCUCUUUCAGAUGACCAAGGCUUUCUCCCCAAACAGUUUAAAGAGAGGACAGAGGGAUACUUAACGCUAUUUUAUUUAUUUUAUUUUUAACUGGAUCACUGCUUUGCGCCACUGGCAAAUGGGACUUCUUUGAUGGGACCCCGAGUGCAAUCUCUUUCUAUUCCAGCGAGCUUUUGCCGAUAUCCCGCCAUGCCACAAUGGUUAUAAUUCUGCUCUGGUUGUUACUGAGCUUCUUGGAUCCAAGUUUGCAGGAAUCUCUGGCUCCGAGGCUGACCAGGACCCCAAGGGCGCCUUGUGCCAGGGGCCAGGCGUGUGACCCAAGGCAGCGGCGAGAUGCUGGCGGACGCGGCGGGGUUUACGAGCACCUCGGGGGAGCUCCAAGACGCAGAAAACUUUACUGCGCCACGAAAUAUCACUUGCAAAUUCACCCGAACGGAAAAAUAGACGGAUCUCUGGAUGAAAAUAACCCUUACAGCAUACUCGAGAUCACAGCUGUGGAUGUUGGCGUGGUGGCGAUCAAGGGCCUUUUUUCAGGAAGAUACCUGGCUAUGAAUGAGAAAGGCCGUCUGUAUGGCUCGGAAGUCUUCAACCGAGAGUGUGAGUUUCUGGAGCGCAUUCAUGAGCUAGGCUAUAACACUUAUGCAUCGAGGCACCAUGCAACAACCCAGCCGCCCCCAGCAGGGUCCGGCGCAGAAGGUGGCAAGCGCCGUGCCAGUUCUAAGAGGCAGUGGUACGUGUCCAUUAAUGGAAAGGGUCGGCCCAGGAGGGGCUUUAAGACACGGAGCACGGACAAAGCUUCCCUCUUUUUGCCCCGUGUUCUGGGCAACAAGGACCAUGAGAUGGUACGCAAGCUCAGAGAGAGCCAGCGACAUCAGACAGGUGCUCACAAAGUCCCUGUGGGUCGAUCAGAGCGCAGGAGACGGCGACACAGGGGCUCCAAGGGCCACAGAAGGGCUGACAUUUAAGACUCUCUUCAGACAGAUGGAGAAGAGAUCCAAAGCCACAGCAAGAAUCAGAAAUAUGAGUCAGACCAAAAGAGUCACGGAACGCCUUGGGAGAGGACUAAUUACAAGAAAACCUUUUGGGGGAAUUAUGUGCCGAUUUCUGGCAAGACGGGCUUCCAUGAAGAGAAAUAUUUUUUUUCUCACUUUUAAAACACCAGCAUCUGAGAUAGACAGUCCAAAUAUGUUUUUGUGACCAAAAUUAACACUACUGAAAGUUUUGUCUUUUUCUUUUUAUGACAUGCACCAUGUCAGGCUCUUUUCUAAGUCUUUUACAAGACAUGUAAUUACCGUGUAUAUAGUUGUACAGUCAUUUACUUUUUUUAUUCGAGCAAAAUAACAUAAAAGUAAAUGUUUGUAAUCAUGAUUUAGGAUGUCGUACAAGUGCUUGACAUUGCCGAUGACGUGUUAUGUUAUUGGACUACGGCUUUCAUAGUUGGUGUACAGACAAGCACUUUUUCAUUACUGAAGUAUAAAAUAGAAA